AUGAACUCUACUCCAAGGAUGUACAAGAAUGUUCUAUUCUCAACGACUUCUUCAUCCACUACCUCUUUAGAUGAUAUUGUGCAACGUGGAUCCACUCCAGCUCUAGUGGUAACUGUUGAGCCACUGAUCAAAGAUGAGGAUGUGGCUGAUAUCAAGAGAUUUAUGGCUUUAGCUGAUGAUGAUAUUGAUGAUAUGGUUAUUAGAGAUACUCCUCCAAAUUAUCUAGUUUAUUAUCCUCCUCUAACUCCACCUCGAUCAUCAAAUUCACCUACACCUCCUCCACCAUCCCAUUCCUCUCCUUGCACUCCUCAGGGUUCUCCUCCCCAAUCUGAUCCUGCCAAAAAAGGGGAGAGUAACCAAAUAGUCCUAAUCAACAAAUGCAAAUGGUGGGAACUAAUAGUGACAUUGAGUCUGAUAAUGAUCAAAUCAACCCUCAAAAGAGGAAGGAUUCCUUUUUUCUGUGGGGGUGGGGGAGGGGGAGGGGGAGCUCAUGAUGAUAAAGUUGAAAGUUCUUCUGCUUAUGAAGAUCCUUCAACACCUCCUCUUUCCAAGAAAAUCAAGCUCUUUUUCUAUCUGAAUGUUUUAGCUGCGGUAUGA